GAAAGUUUGACACCUAAAAUGCGCCAAUUUGUACAAACCAUGUGUAAUGGAGAAUUUUUUGACAAAGAGCCUGAGGAGGCAUUUGAAUAUUUUGAUUAUCUUGCUGAAAAUGCCCAAUCUUGGGACACAACUGAUGUGCAUGAUAGGUCUAGGCAGGUUGAGUCUAGUCACGGAAAAUAUAUUGUAAAUGAAGAUGAUGAUUUGCGUGCUAAAUUAACCUUGCUGUCUAGAAAAGCGGAAGCCAUGGAAUUGAAGAAAGUAAAUGAAGUGCAUGUUAUCCCUAAAUUUUCUGAGAAGUGUGGCAUAUGUGAGGAUCAUGAGCAUUCAACUAAUGAAUGUCCCACGAUCCCUGCUUUCAAGGAAGUAUUGUUGGACCAAUCUAAUGCUGUAAACAUGAUACAUAAACCAUAUUCUGGUCUUUACUCUAAUUCUUAUAAUCCAGGAUGGAGGAGCCACCCAAAUCUCAGUUGGAAGGGUGACCAACAUGUAACUCCAGCAACCUUGGCCCCAGGGCCCUCUCAACUGGCAAUUCAAGCACCUCCAAUGCAAAAGAAGGGACUUGAAGAUACGAUUCAGCAGCUGAGUGUGACACUUCAACAGUUCAUGCAAGGUCAAGCAACACUCAACAAUCAGAAUUCAUUGGCAAUUAAUGACAUACGGAGUUCCCUCACAAGGUUGACUACAUCUUUAAGUACCCAAGAGAGGGGUAAAUUUCCUGUAUAGUCACAACCAAAUCCACAAGGGCAGCCUCAUCAAGUGCAAGCAAUAAUUGAGGAUCCUAACUUAAAGUCGGUCAAAGCGGUGACUACUUUAAGAAGCGGUAAGGUGGUAGACAUUCCAGCACAUGAGCCAUACAAUUCUGGAACCGGGCAUGGGGUGCCUUGGCAACCAAUGUUUGCAGAGUCGCCACCUUGGGCAGCACCUAUAAAACCAUCUUCAGAUAACAGACACCAUCUCAUUGGAGCACUCAGGACACUCAAAAAUUCAAAUCUGAGGUUGAAUAAUUUUUUUUAUGAUGACCUUCACUUGUUUAAAUAUUGCUCUGACCAAAUGUUUCGAAGAUGUUUAGCUAACAAACACAUCCAAAGUAAGAUUUUUGAUCCUGGUAAGUUAAGGUUUCGGUGGAGUGGGCCUUAUUUGGUUAAAAAAAGUUUUCCCUCAUGGUGCUAUUGAGGUUGCACCUGAAGAACCUACUUUGCAUUUGCUUGAUCCUAAUUGAUGGUUCUUGAUCUAUCCA